CUUCACUACAUGUCCCAUCAUGCACAUCGAAGGGGGCGUAGUCGCUGUAAGUACAUGGCAAAUUCCUGCAGACAGUGAGGAUGAAGAGCUCUUAAUCAAUAGAUUAAAGCCAUUUAAUUGAUUAUUUUGAUUGUGCUAGUCGUUCUACCUUAAAACGAUGACUUCAAAGGACCCGAGUGCAUCAAAUAGUGCCUUGCUUUAUUUGAUUUAUCAGCAUUUAAAGGAGAAUGGUUACCAGAAGGCUGCAAACGUGCUGAAAAAACAUGUAACUCAGAUGGAAGCACCAGAAGAGAUCACCUCUUUACAUGACAUCUACACAAGUUGGACCAAGGUCUCGGAAAUUGGACAAAAUCCAAAACAAGAGCCUGAAGUGGAUUCCACCACCCUGAAGAAGAUUAAGGCCGAUCCAUCAACCAAAGAAGAAGAUGUGGACUCAAAACCAAUUGAUUCUCUACCUCCUGCCCCCCACACACCCCAGGGUGCAACCCCAGAGAAUGAGGAGCCGGUCCCAGAGGAUGAGUUGUCAUCUACUCCAGUCAGUAACGGGACAGUGGAAACAUCAGCCCCUGUACCAGCGGUCACCCCUUUAAAACCAGCAGUGAGCUCAGACAGUGACUCUGAGAGCAAGGAGGAGAUUCCCCUCACACAGGGAGAUACUGUCACCCCAAAGGCCUCUUCAGCUGUCCCUACCACCACGCCCUCAAAACAUGUAGACGGGAACAGCGAAUCAGACAGUGAGAAUGAGAUUCAUCCAUCACAGACUGUUGUCAUUCCCAGUAAGGCCUCAGCUCCCAGUAAGGCCUCAGCUCCCAGUAAGACUCCAGCCAUCCCCACAGCUCCCAGUAAAGCAGAGACCUCAGACAGUGAAGAGGAGGUUACUGUCAAGAAACUAGCAUCUACGGCUGCUCUUGUGAAACCAGCCAAGGCGAUCCCAGCAGUCCCAGUAAAGCCCAGUGUAGUCACCCCCAGUCAGGCUACAGCUGCUCCCAAGACUCUUGCUGCAGGGAAGAAAACACAGAGCUCUGACAGUGACAGCUCUGACUCAGAGAGUGAGGAGGAGGCUCCUAAAAAGAAACCUGUGGCGACACCCAAAGCCAAGGCUGUGGCUGCAACUCUGGUCAAGACAGAAGCAGUGAAAUCCAACCCUAUUAAAAAACCAACAAACAGCUCAGACAGUGACAGUGAUGACACUGAAGAGGAGGCUCCUGUAAAGAAUCCUGCACUGACACCCAAAGCUGCUCCUGUGAAACCAGCCAAGGCGAGCCCAGCAGCCCCAGUGAAGCCCAGUAUAGUCACCCCCAGUCAGGCUACAGUUGCUCCCAAGACUACUGCUGCAGAGAAGAAAGCACAGAGCUCUGACAGCGACAGCUCUGACUCAGACAGUGAAGAUGAGUUAACUGUAAAGAAAUCAACACAGACCCUGAAAGCUGCUCCUGUGAAACCAGCCAAGGCGAUCCCAGUAGCCCCAGUGAAGCCCAGUGUAGUCACCCCCAGUCAGGCUAAAGCUGCUCCCAAGACUCCUGCUGCAGAGAAGAAAGCACAGAGCUCUGACAGCGACAGCUCUGACUCAGACAGUGAAGAUGAGUUAACUGUAAAGAAAUCAACACAGACCCUGAAAGCUGCUCCUGUGAAACCAGCCAAGGCGAUCCCAGCAGCCCCAGUGAAGCCCAGUAUAGUCACCCCCAGUCAGGCUACAGUUGCUCCCAAGACUCCUGCUGCAGAGAAGAAAGCACAGAGCUCUGACAGCGACAGCUCUGACUCAGACAGUGAAGAUGAGUUAACUGUAAAGAAAUCAACACAGACCCUGAAAGCUGCUCCUGUGAAACCAGCCAAGGCGAUCCCAGCAGCCCCAGUGAAGCCCAGUAUAGUCACCCCCAGUCAGGCUACAGCUGCUCCCAAGACUCCUGCUGCAGAGAAGAAAGCACAGAGCUCUGACAGCGACAGCUCUGACUCAGACAGUGAGGAGGAGGCUCCUAAGACUCCUGCUACAGUCAUAGAGGCUCCCAGUAAGGCCUCAGCUCCCAGUAAGGCCUCAGCUCCCAGUAAGGCCUCAGCUCCCAGUAAGACUCCAGCCACCCCUACAGCUCCCAGUAAAGCAGAGACCUCAGACAGUGUCACCUCAGACAGUGAAGAGGAGGUUACUGUCAAGAAACCUGCACAGACACCCAAAGCUGCUCCUGUGAAAACAGCCAAGGCGAGCCCAGUGAAACCCAGUGAAGUCACCCCGAGUCAGGCUAAAGCUGCUCCUGUGAAACCAGCCAAGGCGAUCCCAGCAGCCCCAGUGAAACCCAGUGCAGUCACCCCCAGUGCUCCCAAGACUCCUGCUGCAGGGAAGAAAACACAGAGCUCUGACAGCGACAGCUCCGACUCAGACAGUGAGGAGGAGGCUCCUGUAAAGAAAACCACCCCCGUCUCAACCCCAAGCAAGGCCAAAGCCUCUCCUAAGACCCCAGCAGCAGCUGCUAAGAUGGAGACUGACAGCUCAGAUUCCUCUGACAGUGAGGAUGAGGCUCCAGCCAGGCAGGCCCCUGCCAAGCCCACUCCCAGCCCGGCUAAAACCACACCCAAGGCCCCUGCUGCAGCUAAGAAGGCCGACAGCUCGGACAGUGAUGAGUCUGACACUGAGGAGGGCAAGCCAGCUAAAAAGGUCACUGCUACCUCCGUAGCCAAACCUUCAACUCCAGUACAGGAGGAGGACAAAGAUUCCUCAGACAGUGAGGAUGAAGAAACACCAUCGAAACCAGAAUCCACACCAUCUGAGAAAUCUGUCACGCAAACCCAGGCAACGCCUCCUGCUGGCAAGGAGGGAGGUACAGAGGAACACAUUCCAGCAGAGAAGGUUGAGGCUGUUCGAGUCAUACCUACAACUGAAACAGCAGCUGAGGAAAACAGCGGUGAUGAUCCAACCGAUACUGAAGGAUCUCCUCCUGAAGUCCCUGAGGUGGACACACCCCCUGCCUCUGGGCCAGAGAGUGCAAAGGAGGAGGAGGUCCCAGAGAGUCCCCAGAAGGUCCUAAAGACGGACACUUCUUCAGAGAAGCCCAAGACAGAGGAUCAGAUAGUGACCUCUACAACAUCAGAGGACAAGAGUGACACCCCUGAACUCCCAUCAGAAGCCCCUGCUACGGCUGCUGAGAUCAGAACUGCUUUAGAAGAGGAGUCAAAGGACUGUGUUGACCCAGUUAUCACCAAUUCAGCAUCUGAAGACUCGGAGCCUGAAAAAGUGACCAUUGAGACAGUUGUUGAGACAAUCCCCACAGAGACAGAGGAGCCAAACACUGAUACCCCAACACCUGGAUCAAAGAGGAAGAGGAGUAAAGAGACAACGGACGCAACUCCCAAGAAGAAGAAGAUGAAGAGGAAGAAGAAGGGGGAGGUUGAAGAGAAUGGGCAGCCUGCAGUAGAGGAGGAUGGGGAUGAGUCCAGUCUGGACACAAAGGGGUUGGAGCUGACUCCAUCAGACGAUUCCAAGGUGGAUACCAUCCCGGCUUCAGAGUCUGACUCCACCACUCUUGUUCUGUCAGCAAAGUCACUCAAGAAAAGGAAAAGAAAGAGGGUGAAGAAAAGAAGAGGUGCGAAGGCCGAGAGGGAGUCACCGGAAGAGGACAAAAAAACAGACUUCGUCCCAAAAAAUAAAAAAAUAAAAAAGAGCAAGAAAAACACAACAUCCAACCUGACACCACCAACCAACAACCAGACCAAGGAAACUCCAAAGACCACAGCUGCUAAGAGGCCUCUUCCUCCCACCCCUGAGCCGGAGGAGCUAGAGACUCCCAAAAAGAAGAAGAAGAAGAAAGUCGCAGAGAAAGGGAGCGCUGUGAAGGAAAAUACAACUCCAGGCAUUGAAACAAAGAAGAACAAGAAAGUUGCAGAGAAAAGGAGCGCUGUGAAGGAAAAUACUCCAGGCAUUGAAACAAAGAAGAAGAAGGCUGCUAAAGCUGAAAACACUGUGAAAGACUCUGCAAUCUCAACUCCUGAACCGAGCCUUACACCAGAGACCCCAAAAAACAAAAAGAAGAAAAACAAGCUGACAGAGAAAAAGGAGAAAAUGAAAACUGCAUGGAAAACACCGGUAAAAGCCUCAACAGGACCUUUGCCUAACACAGAAGUCACUAAGAAAAAUAAGUCCUCCAAAAAGAAAUAAUCCAAUGGUGAAAUUUCAGGAGAUGGUGGAUAUCUUCUCCAGGGAAUGAAAUGGAGCUGCCAACGUCAAUCAGAAGACCACCUCGAUCACACUGGUGCCUGAGGUUUCAACCAAAAGAAGGGGAAACUGGAGUUCUGGCCUGUACAUGUACUUUAGGUUCUACACAUGUAUUUUAGGGGAACAUCUGUAUUGUGUUACUAACAACACAAUCUAUGUUUUAACCAUAUAUUCUAUAAGCUUGCUAAACCAGGCAUGUAUUGACAUGAAAAAGGCAAAAUAAUCAUACCAUUCUAUUUGAAAUGUUGAAUAAACGGGACACAGAAACUAACACAUUUGCACAGCCUGAUGGAACGUAAACCCAUCUUCAGUGUAUUUGCCAAGUCCUAACCAAUGGUAAAACAAUCAUUAGGUAUUAAUAUGUCCUUGGUCUAGCAUUGCUGUCUUGAUAAUGUUGUAGGGUGUAGUACUCUUGCAUGUUGUGGGUUUUCAUUUCUGUUCUUUAAGCUGUGAACACUUCCACAUAAUUGUGUGUAAGGUAAGGGAUUGUUAGGACUCAAAAUGGGGAACACUUGUAGCAAAUGUCACUCCAAAUACUGUACUAUGCACCUCACGAAUCCUAUUGCUGAGCCCAUAGCCUUGUGUUUUAGCACUUAUGUUAGACCCAUACACCUAUGCAGAGGAAGGUUCUGGGGGACCAGAGGAGGAUAGCUGAUCUGACUGACUCAGAGAAUUUGCUGAACUCCCAUGUUUACAAACCAGUAUUUGUGUCACAUUCUUGUGAAAACAAACUUUUCUUCCAUUUGUCAUUUUCUGAUUGUUCAUUAUCAAUAAAAAUGGUUUAAUCUCUUAA